AUGUUUACAUAUCUUGUCACCGGAGGCGCGCUGCUUGCGGUGAUUGCCUCUCCGCUCAUUCAUUAUGCUCUAGACCCAAAAGGCCUCCGCCGGUACCCUAUGCCGUCUGUUGCUGCCUUAACACCGUUAUGGCAGAUGUACUAUAAUUGGCGUGGGGAUAAAUUUAUCGCGGUCGACAAGGCACAUAAACGACUUGGGUCUGUGGUCCGCCUCGGCUCAAACCACGUCUCUUUCUCGUCUCCACAAGCAUUCAAGGACAUCUACGGGCAUGGGACUUCUGUUCGAAAGGACACUUUCUAUGAUAAUCAAGCGUCAGGGAACCCGAACAUGGCUGACGCCACAGACAAAGACGUGCAUAGACAAAAGAGGCGAAACCUAGCGCAUGUGUUCUCGCCGGCAAAGAUUACGGAGAUGGAGCCGAGAGUAAUGCAGGUCGUGCGCAAACUGGUCGCUGCGCUCGAGCUCAAGUCUCGUGGCUUGCAAAUAUCAGACACGGACCGGUUUCCGGCCAAAGACGGAAUCUUCGAUGUUCGACCAUGGCUUAACAUGUUUUCAUACGAUGCUAUCACGAACGUAUUCUGGUCCCAGACCUACGGGUUCCUGGAUCGAGGGAAUGAUGAUUGUUUUGCUGAACGGGAUGAUGGCACUAUGCUUACCGUCAAUGCUAUGCAUACCUUCCAUACUGGGGCGGCGCAUAGUGUUCUAAUUGAGCCAGACCUGUUCUCCAACUUGCCUACGGCUGCCACUGAAAAGAGAAGUGUUCCUAUGUCUGACGAAGAAAUAAUUGCUGAAAGUGCCGUUAUGCUUAAUGCUGGCAAUGAUACUACACAAACGUCUCUCACAAAUAUUAUGUAUUAUCUUGCGCGGUACCGGGACAUCCAGGAUAAGCUCCGGAACAUUCUCCUUCAAAGCCUAGAACCCGACAACAUCCCCGCUGCACCUUACGAGGUCUUACGCCAUAUUCCAUACUUGCGCGCCGUCAUCGACGAAUCGUUUCGUAUGCAAGCACCGCUAGAACCGGCUUGCCUCGGCUGA